AUGGCGACCCUUGUCGACGUCAACUCCACCGCACCCGCCGACAAGAUGGCUCCCUCGACGCUCGACCUGUUCAUGUUAACGUUCAAUUGCGCCAAGAACUUUAUCGACACUCACGUCUUUGCGUCAAACCUCCACACAGCUUUCAAGCAGAGCGCGACUCCCCUCCCAGAGGUUGUUGUCUUCUCCUUACAAGAAUUCGCGCCGUUAUCGUACUCUUUCAUCGGCGGCUACUUUCUCAGCCCGUACCUCACGCGCUUCGAGGAAGCCCUGAACCUCGCUGCGACCAGAUACACCAACGAAAGUCCCACCUCGGACGCCGACAGUCAUGAUGGAGCCGACGAUGAGACGAUACUGGUCAAGCCCACCGCUCCUACACCUGUGCGACCUUACACCCUGAUCCGGACUCGUAAUAUCGGUAUGACGGCCAUUAUGCUCUUUGCGCGGAACCCCGAGUCGAUCCUGCGUGUGCAAGAGGCGGAGGUGGGCUUUGGCGCUGCAGAAAUGGGCAACAAGGGCGCUGUGGCGCUCAGAGUCUUGUAUGAGGGCACGACGACCGAAGGUGGGAAAAAGGAGACGGAGCUCACCUUCGUAGCUACGCACCUUGCGGCAAUGGAGUGGAAUCUGCCGAGGCGAAAUGCCAACUGGGCGACCAUCAUGCGUGGCCUGACAUUCGAGAACCCGGAAGAUAUUCUGCACCCGAAGAAGAAUAAGCCAACCACUCCUACACAUGGAGAGGGCCAGGCUGAGGGUGCCAGAGAUGAAGCAGUGCACUUGUUGCACGACGAGCAUCAAGCACAAACGCUCGCACUUCAGGAACGGCUACAGGAGAUAUCCGUCUUCAAGCCAAGCUCCCAUCUUUUUGUCGGUGGCGACCUCAACUAUCGCAUCUCAACAACGAGCCCGCCGCCAAUGGCGACAUUUCCCAGCCUCGACCCCGACAGCGAACAUCAUUACUCCCGCUUCUUCGCCUUGGACCAGCUCACGAGAGAACGACAGGCAGGGCGCACGUUGCACGGCAUGAGCGAGGCAGAAGUCAAGUUCCCUCCGACCUACAAAUACAACGUCCUGCCCCAAGAUGACACCCGCCUGAAGGUCGAUGGUGUGGAGGACGUGCCUUGGGUGUUUGCACCUCACCGAUACCCUGGUUGGACGGAUCGCAUCUUGUACCUGGACGUCCCUUCGUGGGUCAAGACCAAGCCUCAAAAGGUCGACGUUAAGAUCUACGACGCCAUGCCCGUAGUCCGCAGCUCAGAUCACAGGGCCGUUUUUCUGAGAGCUGCCGUUCCCCUCCUCACCGAGAAGGAGCUGGUCCGCUCAUCGACGGAAGCCCCCACGUCCAAUGCCGUGGAUCCCCGCCUCGUUCUCCCGGUAGCCAUCGACCCGGAGGCCUGGGAGCGACGUGCGGCAGCAAGACGGAAGGAAGUCCUUGUUGGCUGGAGCAUGUUCCUGUGGUCUACUAAGCAGGGGGCGAUGAUACUAGCCACACUGUUGGCUGUGGGCGCAGGUAUCUGGUGGCUGAGCUGA